GAUCGACAGUUUGCCCGAGAACUGCAUCAGAACUCUGGCUUGACCUUUUUUGAGAUCUUCCUCAGCACAACACUGGAAGCCUGUGAAUCUCGCGACACAAAGGGUCUCUACGCCAAGGCUCGUUCUGGUCUGAUCAAAGAUUUCACGGGCAUCGAUUCCGCCUACGAAGCGCCCGUCAAUGCAGAACUGACUCUUGACACAAGCAGUCUCUCCGUGGACGAGUGUGUGGAUCGCGUUCUCGGCCUACUGAUUAACAAUCUGCAAGUUCCCCACGGUUCUGAUUCCGCUCUUUACAUCCUCAUGCUGCGCUUUUUAAAGCUUCCCCGGCUUUUUUCUGUCAUGUCCGCUUUUUUCAUUUCCGUUUGGGGUCGGUGGAAUCAAUGCUCACCACUGCAGAAGGAGCUAAUUGUCGACGGCCGCUGGCCGCCCGUCGCAUCCGAAUUACCCGCGCUCGCACGAAUGACAGUUAGUUCUUACAGCCGAACCUUAUGUGGCGAAUGGCCAUGUUGUGGUUGCGCUGGCAACCACGCUGGCGUUCAGUACAGGCGUCUUCUGCGUCGACAUUUUUAA